GAGCAGAAAACUAAAAGAUUCCAUAGAAGCGAUGAAGAAUAAAGGUCUUAAAUUUGGAAAAGAGCAUGAAAUUGAUCUUAAAAUGAUGACAGUUGGGAAAUCAGAUGAAAAUAGAAAGCUGGCUGAAAAUAUAUUAUAUACAGUCUUCCAAAAGGCUACUAGCAUGACUGACGGAUGUGACGAUUCCCAGACCAUGAAAGAGGCCGUGGACAAAAUACUUGACAGGAUCCGGAAUAUGGAAGAUGUCAAAAUAAAAUACGUUGAAAAGCAUUGCAUUAUUUUGACAUUUAAAAGUUCAUCAGCCACCGGUUUCCUUGACCUCAUUGAUUUUACAAAGAGUGAAUAUUUCUUCGCAGAGAUUGAGAACAUAGGCAAGUGCUUAAGUGACCACAUUGGCGAAUUUAUUAGCGUUACUGCAUUCAUUACUUUAGAAAGUAUGCAACAGGCAUUAGACAUCCUGGCCAAGAAUGACUAUGGCGAUGGUGAAUCAUCCACACACCUUAAACUGGUUGUUAGUUCUGCAAAUGCAAUAGAAAAAGUAAGCAGAAUGAUUAAUGACAAUGAAACUGAAAAUGAUAUGAAUGAUGUUGCUCAAGGCAUUUCGGAGCAUUUAAAUGAACGUAUCUCAAUUUCGAGAUCAAUUGAACUCGAGGGUCUAGGUGAGGUGUUUGGAAAUCCAUUACAAUGUUUACUACAUUCUGAAUGGCAACCAUUUGUCAAGUCAGGUUCCAGAACCACACAUGUAAAGUUCAACAGUUCUCCUCAUCUAGCUUACUUGCAAAGCCUGAUAGACGAUAUUCAACGUCCCACUGAAAUUAUUUACCGGUCACUCAGUUUGAUGAUGAUUCUGACAUGAUUCAUCAUGUCCCUGUUCACAGGGUUUCAUCAUCACCAACGGUAGCACUACGACGUUUGCAAAUGGGACAUAGUUCAGAUACUUUUGAUGCAUAUGAUGAUACAAAUCCAAACAAUUUGUCGAAUUUCUAUGAUCAACCUGUUCCAUCUCCUCCAUUAUAUGCAAGUGACACAUCGAUAUCAGGAGAUUUCAUCGAUCAUUUACCGGGCACAUAUUUUAACUGGGAUUUUGUCGGAACAUGUACUUCCCCUCUGGAUAAUUCAAGCCGAUCAAGUUCCGUUUGUUCGGUUGCUAUGUAGAUUUCACUGUAAUCAUAUGUUGAGAUGCCAAUUAUUAUGAUAAAUUGCCUUUUUAUUUUAAAGUGUCAUGUAAAGUUAUAAUGCAAGGCUAUUCUUAGUUUUUUGAUAUAUUUUUACCUACCAUGUCAUACUGUUUAACACUUAAAGAGUGAACUUUAUUACUUCAUGUGAGUUUCUUUUUACAAACAUAAGAAUUUUGUUGACACAAUAAUUUUUGUUUUGUAUAAAAGCACUUUAAAUAUAUUUUGUAAUGGUUCCUUUUAAUUUUAUAAUUUUCUUUGCAUAAAUGAUUUAUAACUCACGUCAUCUGAAGAAAAUUUUAUUGAUAUCCAUUGGACAUUAAAUCUAUAAAAAGAUUAGGACAUCUUUUUUUACAUUUUAGGCAAUCCUAUAUUUUAUCCUAAACAUUUCUAAUAUCAACUGUUGGUCAAUCACUAUGAUAACAGUCAAUCUUUUAAAAUAUAUAGUACAUUAAGCUCAACUUAAGAAACAACAAACGAUCACGAUCCUGUAAUUUUCUCUUCAUUCCAACAGCAGCCAAUGAAAAAAAGGUCAAACUGCUGCAUUAUAGAUGACACAGUUAUGAUGUGAACUUUACUUCGCUUUUCAUAAAAUGGCACUACUGUAACACAUUGAAGUUUCCAUGAUAACCGCCGUGUGAACACAUCUGCAGAAGAUUUAAAUUCAAAAUAUCCUCAUUUUCGUGAUUAAAUGUUGAAUUCUGCUUAAGCCAGUGCUAGAAUGCAUGGACGGCACUUUGCACUUUCCAGUAACGUCAAUGAACAGGCUCAAUGAAACCGAGCCUGCAACUUCUUCAAUUUGGCCGUGUUGGUCUUUCUUAAGGGGUUCUGUUAUUCGUGUUAUUUUAUACGACAAAUGAAGGUUUACCAAAACCCGUUCGGUGGAAAAAUAUGUUUACAUAUUUUCAUUUGUUGAAUCACGUGAUUGUAAAAUUUGUAAAUAGAUGAAUAUUACCAUGCCAGUUUGUAAACAAAAUAGAGUCUUACUCCGCUUGUUAAAAAAGACGUGGGUGUUUCGUCCAGCCUCUGAAGAAAGUAAGGAUACAUUUUUUUGCUCUUAACAGGGUCAUUGAAGUAUCUUUGAAAAUUGACACAUGCAGCUGUAAAGUGAAAAAACCAUAUGUAUUGGCGCCGCAAGUUGUGACCUUUGUCAAGUGGAAGUUGACAUUUGACAGGUCAUAUGAUAUACACGUAAGGUCCAUAACAAUUCAUUUUUUAAAAAAAUACAUUCUGUUAUGUUUAUUAACACUAGCAUCAAAUGACAUAGAUUUGAAACUCAUGAAAUAUUCAUCUUUUCUUUUAUUUAUUUUAUACUUACAAAUGAAAUAUUGAGAAUAAUUAAUGAAAUGAAUUUCAUUUUCCGUAUUUUCACUGUAAAACUUUUUUUUUUACAGUUGUGAAAAAUAUUUUCCGUAUUUUCAUUGGUGUCUUGCCGGAGUGCUUUCUUGUAACAUCUGCCAGUACCAGAAGUUUAGGUGAUAGUCUUUCAAAUUGUAAUGUCAAGAAAGAGACAAAUGUAAAUAAUAAGCAGAAAAUUUAAAUUUUUGCUAUGAAUACAUGAUUUAUUUUCAUCUAGUGGCAUGAAAAAAAACAUCACAUGUCACUCGUGGUUACCGCCACUCAUGAAAUAUUUAUUUUCAUACCACUCGAUGAAUAUAAUCAUGUAUUUAUAGACAAUCUUUAUCCUCUAUAUAGUUUUCAAAGAGGCUUGGUAAUAGUUAUAGCACACGUAACUCAUUACUUACGAGGAUGUAAGUGAAAAAGUUGAACCCCCAGAUAAAAUUUAAUGAACUAAUACCAUCUAAUACUGACGUAAGCUUACUUACAAGAAAGUUGUUUGGUGUUUUCGCGGCCGCCAAAUAAAACAAAGAAAUAGAAAGAAAAAAACAAGAUAUGUAACCAUUGAAAAUUUAAAGACGUCAAGUGUAAGAGACGGAUUAUUAACUGAUACCUUGUGGAGAAAGUAAUAUCGAUUCAAGAUUUAAGGACUUUUGAAGUGGAAAUAAUUCAUUCAGCGGAUGUACCUUUUGAUUUUAGCGAAUAAAUUGUAUUUCAUUAAUGAUCUUUGUUUACAUUAUUCGGAAUUUUCGUUACCGAUGCCCCAUUGGAGUCUCUGUCUAAUAAAAACAAAA